GAUCUUUUUAACAGUAUCUGGGCUCCAUGUUGGUGAAGGAGCUGAGAGGGACGGAGUCGACGCAAGAUGCCUGCGCUAAAAUGAGGAAGUCUACGGAACAGAUGAAGAAAGUACCGACCAUCGUCCUCUCUGUGUCCUACAAAGGAGUGAAGUUCAUCGAUGCCACCAAUAAGAACAUCAUAGCAGAGCAUGAGAUUCGUAACAUCUCAUGUGCAGCUCAGGAUCCAGAGGAUCUGUCUACGUUUGCCUACAUCACCAAAGACCUCAAAUCCAGUCACCACUACUGCCAUGUCUUUACUGCUUUUGAUGUGAAUCUGGCCUAUGAGAUCAUCUUGACGCUUGGCCAGGCCUUUGAGGUGGCCUAUCAGUUAGCGCUGCAAGCCAGGAAGAGUGGCCAUGGAUCGGCGACGCUGCCGGAAAGCUUUGACAGCAAGCCGGGCAAGCCUGUGCCCAAACCCCGAGUCAACAUCCGCAAAUCAGUUAUCAUGUCUCCCUCCAGCCGCUGGUCACUGGGCCAUAUUUAUACCCCUCACCGGCCUCCUCUCCACCCUCCUCUUCCACCCCCUCGACUCUUCCAUCUUCCUUACAAAGCUCAGUUCCAGAUGGAGCAGCCAUCCAUGGACCAGAAGGGCCAUGCAAACGUGCCGUGGAUUGUGGAGCCUGGACAGGAGGCAAAGAGAGGAGUCAACACCAAGGCAAUGGCGGACGCUCAUGUCUAUUACUGUGGAAUGCAAAGAAUGUAGCCAGCCCUAAACAUGGACCUAGUCACACUUACAAUGCAAAAUGGACUACAAACGGACCCUCUUGCUCACUUUUUAAAAAGGACAACAAAACAUGGACGCCUCUCCACAAUGUUACCCCUCCAUUCACACUAACAGGACUGCAUCGCGACAGACGACCAGUCUGCUCUGAAUGUACACUUACUUGAACGCAGCCUCAAAUUUCUGCAACUGUCGGUUUGAUGAAGCCCAGCUUCUCCAUGGAGUCUGAAAAUGGAUACAGGACAUCAGUGGGCAUGUUUAACAUAAUGGCAUGGGUUCCAGGGUAUCUGGCUGGCUAAUUUCUUAUUUUCUUUACUGUCAGAAAAAAAAAUAAACAUAUGCACAGCUGUGUAAAUGUGAUUGGAUUUGCUGCAACAACACGCUAAAGAUGCAA